AUGUCACGAGUGACGUCCCAGGGUGGGAACACAUACAACCCUAACAGAAGCACCAGUCGUGUCAGCUCAAAUCCAGGCAUCAAUGCUGUAGCGAACACACAUCGCGUACGCCUACCAGAUCUCAACAGUAAGAACCUUGAUAGGUUCAAUGAGCAGCAAGGCGUGUUCAACGCAAACGACAACAUCAGCCGCUUCACUCAGGCUCCUGCAGAAGUCAUUGAGAAGAUCUUCGGUCUAGGCAAAGUUGGUACACAUCAUAGCGCACCCAUCGUCGAAUCAACCUCUCGAACCCAUCAACGUCGUCCAGCGGUUGUCUCUCAGCCAAAAGACGAAUCCCACAUGGCAGCCAGCGGCGUUGCCUCUGAGGGUGCGAACAACAGUGGCGUAUCGAGCAAUCAGACAAAGUGA